AUGCUGAUCACGCUGUGCUACCUGUACCUCUGGGCGCGCUGGGGGGCCGGCUGGGCCGGGCUCAUCCGACGCACCGUGCGCCGCCUGCACCGCGCGCGCUGCGCCUUCGUUUUCGGUUGCUGCAGCGGCGCGGGCUGCCCCCCUUCCCAGCGGCGGCGGCGCAGGCAGGGGUCGCCCGAGCUGGGCGAGGAGCCCGUCUGCCUCCGGCUGGGGGACAAGGUCUUCUUCACUGAGGAGACCCCGCAGUCCCUGGAUGACUUAAACAAAUGGACUCUACUUCUCAUAUCUCCUUUUAUUUAUUCUGAUAAAAUACUUGAUGCAGACCAUAUAGCAUUUGUGACUGAAAGUGUUUCUGCCCAGGCAGAUGAUUUACAGACUAGCUUCUCAAAAAAGGUUGUAAAGUGGUCAGACUAUUGUUCACCAUUGGCCUAUAAACCUGGAGAACCUUAUAAACUAAUUGCUGAAGCAAGUGUGGAUAACUUCAGUAACCUUGGAAUAGCAUUCAUGGAAGACAGACUUCAAAUGGAUAAUGGAAUGGUGCCACGGAAGAUUGUUUCUGUCCAUUUACAGGAGUCUGCUCUAAAGGAGCUAGAGCGGAUGGCUGCACCUACAGAAGAGAAGAAUAGCACUAAUAGCGCACACAUGGAUGAAUUGACCCCUGCUCCUCCAUUUGCAACUGCAACUAAACAAGGAUCAGUGUCAGCUGAUUCUUCAGGAGGAGGUGACCAGGAGGUGAGAGAAGAGAAAUCCAGGCUGGAGAAAAGAAGUGAGCCUCAUGAUGAGCCUAACAGCCUAUCUGAAAGGGAGACAAGUACUGGUAAACAUCACCACCUGCACCUUUCCAGCUGCCACGAAUGCUUUGAACUUGAAAACAGCACCAUUGAGUCAGUCAGAUAUGCUUCAUCAGAAAACAUUCCAGAACUUCCUGAUGAUUGCAGUGCUAGCAUGGAAGAAGUUACUGAUGGCUGUUUGGCAAGAGAACUAAGAAGGAUAAACCUCACUGGGAAGCCUCCCAAUGUCUUAAUUUAUGUGGGCUCUGACCCUAUGAAAAUCAAAUUUGAGAAGAUAAAAUCAGUGCUCAAGGAGUGCAUCGAUACAGACAGCUACACCAUCUACCAGCUGGUUGAGGAACAAGUUCUGAAAGCUCCCUGGCUUGAUAACUCGUUGUUGUUGGUUAUUGCCACAGAGGAACCCAUUUCGAAGGACAAUCACAAACAGUUCCUGACCUACUUGUCAAAAGGUGGGAAGAUUUUAGGGCUUUCUGCCUCUUUUACAUUUGACAGUAUACAGAUAAGGAGCAAAAGUGAACUGAAGAACACCAUCCAAGAAUUAGUGUUCUAUAAAGCAGAUAACAGUGAAGUUAAAUUAAACCUUCUGACGAGUGGCAGUGUUUUUGAGCAAGAGGUUAAAGAAAAUCUCAGCCCAGUGAAGUCGUUGAGUCACUUAAAUAAUACAGAUAAAGAUAUGAUCAUUGUUCACCUGCCAUAUGGAGAUCGUGGAGGAGAAGCCAUUCUGUGUCAGAUAUACUUGGAAAUGGAUAUCGCCUCUCUGACUACACAAACCCAAGAAGAUUUUAAUUUACUCAAAAUGAGCAACGCCAAGAGAUAUGAAGUUCUUAAGGAGAUCCUGACAUUACUUGGACUGAGUUGUGAAUUAAGUGAAGUUCCUUCACUAACUCCUAUUUAUUUGCUCUCUUCUGAUGAGGAAAAUCAUAUUUCUUUUCUGAAAUGGCUUGAAACAAAAGUAGAUGUUGAAGGAUUAAUAAAAUCCAGCAAGAUGACCCUUAAAUUUGUCUCAUCUUACAAGCCGGAGAUGGAAAUAACACAAUCUCUCAUACCAGUCGUCACUGUGGGAGGCUUCUCAUCUGAACACUUCAGCCUGCAGACAUAUCAACACAAUCUGCAAACAAAGAAGCUUGGGAAGAUUGUUCUGUUUGCUGAAGUCACAUCAACAACAAUGAAUCUUCUUGAUGGGUUGAUGUUCAAUUUGCCUCAGGAAAUGGAUUUAAUAGCGAUUGCAGUUCGACAAACACAAGGGAAAGGUCGUGGUGGAAAUGUCUGGCUCAGUCCUGUGGGAUGUGCUCUAUCAACAUUACAUGUUUCCAUUCCUUUGUGUUCCCAGCUGGGACAGAGAAUUCCUUUUAUUCAGCACCUGGUGUCCCUGGCUGUGGUGGAAUCCGUUAGAUCAGUACCUGGAUAUCAGGAUAUUGACCUGCGAGUGAAGUGGCCAAAUGAUAUUUACUACAGUGACCUCAUGAAGCUUGGUGGGGUUCUGGUAAAUUCUACACUUAUGGGAGACACAUUUCACAUACUUAUUGGCUGUGGAUUUAAUGUGAAUAAUAGCAAUCCCACCAUAUGCAUCAAUGAUCUCAUCAUGGAGUACAAUAAGAAAAAUAUGACAAAACUAAGGUCCUUAACAGUAGACUACCUGAUUGCUAGGAGUGUAACUGUGCUGGAAAGACUGAUAGACAUAUUUCAGGAAAAAGGACCUGAUGGAGUUCUUCCCUUAUAUUAUAAAUACUGGAUACAUGCUGGUAGGCACGUCCGUCUCUGGAGUGAAGAGGGCCCAUUAGCAUGGAUAGUUGGAAUAGAUGAUUGUGGAUUCCUUCAAGUUCAUGAGGAAGGCAAAGGUGUAGAGUCUGUGCACCCAGAUGGCAACUCAUUUGACAUGCUGAAAAACCUUAUUAUCUCAAAGCAGCAGUAGACCUUAGAGUUGUUGAAAAAGCUGCUCUAAGAAGAUUGUUCAGUAUUCAGCACCUAGCAGCUGAUCUUGGCUAUACACAAUAUAUCAAACUGGAAUGAUUUGGAGGUGAAGUGUAAAAGCUACAUAUUGCGUUUUACAUUAUUGUUUCAUUUCUGCUGUGUUUUCUAGCCAGUGGCCCUAAGGACCAGUUAGUAUUUUCUAUGCGUUUUUCAUGUUGUAUAUUUUUAAGCAUAGAGGUGAGAGGUAGCUUAUGAUUGGUAAAAAAUGGAUUUCUCCUAAUCUUUAGUUUCUUCUUUCUUAACAUGGAUAGCUUAGUUGAAAGUUGCUACAAAAGUUAGUGUUAUCCCAUUACUGGAGACCCGUAAUCUUUCGCUAAUUGCUAAAAAAAUUCACUAAUGGUAUUGUUUGUUAUAAGCAUUUACAGUAGGGAAGUAUUUGCAAAGGAAGAUGUUAAGCUCAUCAUUAAUUCAAUAUAUUUAAGAAACUAAAAAGACUGCAUAUAUUUGUUUUAAAAAAAAUGUGUUUGAAUAAUGCGUCUGUUGUGGUUUUGCUUUGGAUAUAAGCAGUAAAAUGUUUAAAUUACUUACUAUGAAAUUUUAAAGAAAUGAGUUCUGCUUAUGUCAGCUGUGGAGGGGACAUGUGAAAGAACUCACCACACACCCAUAAGGGAAAGUGGGAAGAAUUCUGCAAGUUUAUUAAGUUAACUGUAUACUCACUGUAUACUUAGAUUAUAGUCCCUCCCACCCUUUAGAAAUAAUGAGCAACUUUGCUGAUUUGGCUCUGCUCCCUAUAUCCUUUCAUCAUUCUGUAACUGGAUCUCUGGCCUGUAGGCCCUUUGCACCUCUCUUGUGGUGGCCUUAUGCUUGGACAUCCCUACCAGCAGUGCCUGCGAACUGGGUUAAUUUAUAACCCCCAAGAUAUAGAUAUUUUCUGCUUUUCUUAGCCUGUUAACUAGCUCUGAUUCUUAGUAAAUCACUCCAUGCUUCCUUGUAUCAUGGUCUUUCUUUCAAGAGCUCUUAACCCUCCACAAGAAUUGCCCACCACAUAUGCAAUUAGUGAAUCACUUAGUUGUCAUCCCCUAUGCUAUUGGCCAUCAAUACUCAGUCCAAGAAUUGAUAUCAGUGUUGACUGUACUUCACUCAAUCCCUGAGAGGUGAACCCCAUCCAAAUGAUGAAAUAAGAGAAGGAACCUUGUUCUUAAGGUCUCCUCUGCUAGCAACUAUUCCAGUGAGAAAAGCACAAUGAGGGGGCCUCUGUUCCAACCAUCUCUCUAAAAU